AUGGCGGCGGGCGCUGACGGAAAGAUGAUUCUGGCUGGGUACACGGACGGGUCGUGGGAAGACGGCGCCAACCUGGGAGCAGAUGAUUUUUUGGCCGUUAUGCUCAACACUAUCGCAACUACACCCGCACCAUCAUCACCCGGCGGUGACACGGUAGGCGGCCCUACAGCCGCCCCAUCUACCCCCGCCGCGGCCACACCUGCAACAUCAUCACCCGGCGGUGACGCGAUAGGCGGCCCUACGGGCGCGCCAUCUCUCCCCGCCACAACAACACCAGGUACAUCAUCAGCCAGUGAUUCUCCGACAGGCGGCCUCACAGCCGCACCUCUUAGCGAUGGAUCGGCCUCUAGCACUGCACCGAUCAUAGCGGGGGCGCUUUCCACCGCUGCUUUCGUGGCACUCUCCGCUGUCGGUUUUCUGCUGAGAAGGCGCAGAGCGGCGAAAAAGAACGGGGCAGACGGGGAAGACCCGCAUGUUCUGCCUCUCGAUGGGCUUGAAGACGGCCGGCAGCACGAAGUGAGCUUGAGCAAAUCAGCUGUCAUCGACGGAGGCGGCAACCCGACCCUGCACCAAGAAAACCAUUCUCCGCCCGCCAACCAUGUUAAGUCGGUGGAGGCUGCGGCUAGCGGAGGAGGCGCCGCUGCAACGUUAAACACCUCGCAGCCGAUUGAUGCCGGCAAGGUUGCUGGUGUUGCACUAGCAGACGGUUCUGCCGAAGACUACUUGGCAAAGCAGCACUUCGUUGUGGCUACGACUUCCACGGCGGACGCCUCCACGCUCGAUCGGGCCGCAGUAGCCGGCAUCUUCGGUGAAGAAGCCGAGUUUUGGGCCGACGGACCAAAGCCAGCUUCUUCUGCAGCCGGUCGCCGUGGAUCAUGUAGCGAUGUCGGAGUUGGACGCGCCGUGAUGAAUGCGGCGCAGGAGCUAGCGCAACGCUGCCAGAUUCCCGGCGUUAGCGAGGCGGCAGCCAUGGUGUCCAUUCUCGUCAAUCUUGUGACAGAUAGCCGCGACAGCAACAACAAGGGCGACGCUACGCUCAAGCAAUGCCGCUCGGUUGUCAUGGCGCUCGAACGGGCCGCGACGGUGGCUGGUGAGAUGACGUCAAGAGAGCGAAGAAAGUAG